CACACACAGACCCUGAGUCAAUCAUAUCAGCAGCACAAACAGCAGGGCUGGCGAUGGUGGUACGGUGGCUGGAGGCAGAGGGGUUGGCAUGGCUCCUCCAAACCCACACGGACCGGCAGCUCAUCGUGGAUUGCCGGUCGCUGUCCGACUACACGGAGCGACACGUGUUGGGGGCCGUCAGCGUGGGCACCGCGUGGGGCUCCCACACGCCAACACGCCACACACGCGCGCCAACACGCCACACACGCCUGCCGUCUGACACGGCUCUACAGCAAACACAGUGGGAAACUGCGGAAGAGAGAGACUUGGUGCUGUAUGACCAGCGAUCUCACGGUGUGUGUGAGAACUCAGCCACAGAGCUCUCCUCAGCCCUAACACACACUCUGGAGAAGAGAUUCCAACGCGUUUACCUGCUUAAAGGGGGAUUUGCGGUAUUCUCGUCGGCCUUCCCGAGCUUGUGUGAGGGAAAGAGUCCAAGAUCUCUCUUAAGCAGCUGUUCUCAGCCCUGCCUCUCCGCCCUGGAGGUGGGGCCCACGCAGAUCUUUCCACACCUCUACCUGGGCUCUCAGAGUGACGUCUUAAACAAAGAGGUGAUGGUGAGGAACAGGAUCAGCCAUGUGCUGAAUGUGAGUAGUAACUGUGUGAAGCCCAACUUCAUCCCAGACACUCACUUCCUAAGAAUCCCGAUCGACGACAGUUACCGUGAGCGGCUCCUGCCCUGGAUCCUCACUGCCGUGCAGUUCAUAGACAAGGCGCGGAGGCUGCAGGGCCGUGUGCUGGUUCACUGCUGGGCUGGCGUGUCCCGUUCGCCCGCCAUCGCCAUCGCCUACGUCAUGAACACGUCAGGACUCCCUCUGGACGACGCUUACAGGUUUGUGAAGGACAGGAGAGCCUCCAUAUCACCCAACUUCAACUUCCUGGGGCAGCUGGUGGAGUUCGAGCGAAACCUCGAGACCCAGAGGGACCUUUGCCCCCGGGGACCCCCACAAGAGGGGUCGAGCCCUCUGCCCCUCACCCGCUCGGAGCGGGGAACUGGUCCAGAUCAUGCCCCUCGCUACCCCUCCCCCCGCACUCCUAACCUCCGGGGGGAGGACGAUCCCGAGUGGGGGAGGGACGGCCUUCCCGAGAACGCCGUGCAACCCCGGGACCCGCUGGAGGGCGUGCGGAGGCGGCUGCGGUUGAGUCUGUGGUUGCCGUCGGAGGCGUCGAGCGGGGGACGUGGCAUGAGCCGGUCGGUCUCGCUGGACGCCUCGCCCGGCUGUUACCCAACGGCCAGCCCGGUCCAGACGGGGCCCGUCCCCAAGCUCCUGGGUUUCCGUGGCGCCCGAAGCCUCGCCAUCGCCGCCUUCAACCCCUUUGCCCUGCUGUUCGGCAAUGGCAGGAAGGAGGCCGGAGGCAAGGGCAAGUGCCAGCCCGCGCCAGGCAGCGCCAGCCUGGACCAGGCAGGGAGCAGGUGGGCUAACCACUCGCUCAACCCUCCAACGGGCAAGCACUCUGCAGCCCCUCCGUUGACCCUUAACCUCCCCGCCCCUUGGCGGCCCGCCUCAGAGCUCAGCGACUACGGUACCGUCAGGUCGUGA